UACACCAGGGGUUGGAAAAACCACGCUGGGCAAAGAACUUGCAUCAAGAUCAGGACUGAAAUACAUUAAUGUGGGUGAUUUAGCUCGAGAAGUCUGAUCACCGGAUAUCAUGGAGUCUGGCAAGAUGGCUUCUCCCAAGAGCAUGCCGAAAGAUGCACAGAUGAUGGCACAAAUCCUGAAGGAUAUGGGGAUUACAGAAUAUGAGCCAAGAGUUAUAAAUCAGAUGUUGGAGUUUGCCUUCCGAUAUGUGACCACAAUUCUAGAUGAUGCAAAAAUUUAUUCAAGCCAUGCUAAGAAAGCUACUGUUGAUGCAGAUGAUGUGCGCUUGGCAAUCCAGUGUCGUGCUGACCAGUCUUUUACCUCUCCUCCCCCAAGAGAUUUUUUAUUAGAUAUUGCAAGGCAAAGAAAUCAAACCCCUUUGCCAUUGAUCAAGCCAUAUUCAGGCCCUAGACUGCCACCUGAUAGAUACUGCUUGACUGCUCCAAACUAUAGACUAAAGUCUUUACAAAAAAAGUCAUCUACUUCUGCAGGAAGAAUAACAGUUCCACGACUAAGUGUUGGAUCAGUUACUAGCAGACCAAGUACUCCCACACUUGGCACACCAACCCCACAAACCAUGUCGGUUUCAACUAAAAUAGGGGCUCCAAUGUCCCUCACAGGGCAAAGGUUUACAGUCCAGAUGCCCACUUCGCAGUCCCCAGGUGUAAAAGCAUCAAUUCCUGCAACAUCAGCAGUUCAGAAUGUUUUGAUUAAUCCAUCAUUAAUUGGGUCCAAAAACAUUCUUAUAACCACUAACAUGGUGUCAUCACAAAAUACUGCCACUGAAUCAUCAAAUGCAUUGAAAAGAAAACGUGAUGAUGAUGACGACGAUGACGAUGACGAUGAUGACUAUGAUAAUUUGUAAUCUAGCCUUGAUGCAUGUAACAUGUAUACUUGGUCUUGAAUCCAUUGUACUGAGAUUAAACAUGCAUGCUGGAUAUUUUCAAGUUGUAUUUUACAAAACUUAACUAGUAUUUAAUGAGUAAAUAUAGUUACCAUACUUCUCAA